CUCCCAUCUUACAACGAUUUAACAAACAUUUCAUGGCCAGUGGAUUCAAAUUAAAAUGGCCUCAAAAGUACCUCAUAUGAUGUCUUUAUCAAAGUUUAUGCUGAGGUCAGAAGUUUUAAAAUUGUAUAGAAGUAUGUUGAGAGUUGUUCGGAGAAUUCCAGAUAAAAGUCAACAGAAGGAAUUGAUGGAAUGGAUUAGACAUGAUUUUACUGCCAACAAACAUCUAGAGGAUGAGGAUGCUAUAAAAAUGAUGAUAACAAAAGGAAAACAGUCAAUGAGAGAACUGGAGCAGUCAAUAUCUAUUUUAUGAAAAUGGAUUACUUAUAGCAUUGACAUACACAGGAAGUUGUAACAAGGGUUUAGCCCCGUGAUGCCGAAAUGAUGGUGGAUUCUUUCGUCGUGG